AUGUUUAGACGAAAGAGAAGGUAUCCAAAUGAGGUGACAACACAUGAAACGAAUCCCAUUCUUGACAAAAGUGAAGCGAAAAUCAAUUCAGUGAAGGAAUACAACGAUGAGAGCAAAGAUGUGUUGAGUGCUAUGAUUGCAAAGAAUAUAUCAAACGAAUUGAAUGCCGAUAAAGAGUUACUGUUAACAAGACCUCCCAAACUGGAGAUGUCCAACAGUUUCAACAGUUUGCCACUUCUGGUCAAGAGUUUGGACGGAAACAAGGACUACAUUAGAGAGAUCGAUGACUUGGAAAGUAUAGAAAGCGAUUCCAAACUGACACUAAAUGACAAUAAAAGUGAUACCGAAGAAGUCUUGCAAGAGUUGAAUAAAUUGGACCUCGAUUUGGACGACAGGGAAAGCAAAUACCCGAUGAGGUAUUCAAGCCGUAAAAGAGGUCAGUCGUGGAGUAACUGGGAUAACAAUAUGCACGUUGAGCUCAAC